CGGAUGUAUCGUUAUACUCCACCACAGGCGUACCUUCUUUCUAACGGAUCUGUAAGCUCAAACCUCUAGACUUUUCGAUCUCCACCCGUCUCCAAAAGUAUCAGGCUUGACUCUUCUUUUUCUUCGUUUCCGGAUUUCGUCCUAACAUUAAUUUCUUUUUAUCUUUGUUCUGUUUGAUCAUUUUCUGUUUCUUCGGCAAAGACUGACCUGAAACUUCAGCUUGAUCAACCAACCGCUCCUUCCUCGACCACCUGUUAGUAUCUUAAUAUAGUAGGAAGUUAUAGGGCAGUGCGAUUACCCCACCAACAAAACCCAGGGGUACGGAAUAUUUACUUUAUCACUCGUACCCCGCCAUAGCAUUCACUGUCGAUUUAAAACCGUCGUAACCUAAAACCCUACACUUACCAUCUGACUAGAUCAAUCGACUAGCGACGAUGGUUGACAGACGAAACAAGCCGACGGCGCUGGCCACCACUCCGGGUCUCCCUCCUCAGCCUCAGGUUAACUUCUCUCACGGCAAUUCGCGCGUGACGGCUGUGCUGCCUGCUGGUGAGAGUGUCGAAGUCUUGCUCUACGGCGCAACCGUCAUCAGCUGGAAGAAUCGCUUCGGAAUCGAGAAGCUCUGGCUAUCCGAUGCCGCCAAGCUCGACGGAUCCAAGGCCGUGCGAGGUGGUAUCCCUUUGGUCUUUCCCGUAUUCGGCACAGCUCCGGACCACGCGGCGACUUCGAAAUUACCGCAGCACGGCUUUGCGCGCAACUCGCGAUGGGAGUUCCUAGGCAAGUCGAGCUCCGAGUCGGCCAGUCCGUCCGACAUCUCCGUCAAGCUAGACUUCGGCCUCUCGUCCGCGACCCUCGACGACCAGGUCAAGAGCCUGUGGCCUUACACCUUCUCUAUCAUCUAUAGCGUCACGCUGACUCCGGAAAACCUGAGCACGAGCAUCGUCGUUACUAAUGACGGUGACCAGCCCAUCGAAUUCCAGACUCUGAUGCACACUUAUCUGCGGGUUGAGGACAUCUCGAAAGUCCAAGUUACAGGUCUUGAGGAAUCAGACUACGUCGACAAGGUAGAUGCUGCUAAAGAGAAGAAGCAAUCGGGCGCCGUGACCAUCGCCGGUGAAGUAGACCGAGUUUACACACCGGCUAAGGGACCCUCGAGUCCGGUAGUCGUCGCGGAGGACGGUGAAACGGUUUUCAGCAUCGUCAGGGACAACCUUAAGGAUGUUGUAGUCUGGAACCCGUGGACAGACAAGGCGGCAGGAAUGGGCGAUUUCGAGCCCAAGGACGGCUACAAGAACAUGAUUUGCGUUGAGGCCGGUUCCGUUAAGGGCUGGAUCACUCUUGACCCCAGCGACGCGUUCGAGGGAGCUCAGACAAUUUCCGAUUGACUUAUCGGAGACAAUGAUGCGUCGAACGGGGCUACGAAGAUGGUAGGAAGGUUAUGAAUGAAUGAACGUCGAUCCGUUACGAGUUGCUGGGGAUAAAGGACACGGUCAAGGAGAGCAGUGUCUUUGAGGAUAUGAGAAUCCUAUGGCAAGAGAGAAAUUCUGAUUAGAUCUCCUCGCUAUCUACUUUCCUAAUAGAGGGAGGGAAUCAUGAUCGUGCUGGGUCAGUUACAGAGAUAUCCAUCCGUUCCUUUAUUUUGGACUUGUUUGAUUGUGACUUGAAUUUCUUAAAAGGUAGAGCUAUCCUUAGGAAAUGCAUUCGUAAGGUGUCAUAAGAGA